GUUGAAUCGGGUGCCACGGUUGGUGAAUUGUAUUACUGGGUGUCUCAAGAAAGUCGAGAUCUUGGAUUCCCAGCUGGGAUUUGCCCAACUGUAGGGAUUGGUGGACAMCUAAGCGGAGGGGGGUUUGGURCUAUGAUAAGGAAGUAUGGGCUCGCGGCGGAUAAUGUUGUCGAUGCUUGGAUUGUUGAUGUCAAUGGGAAGAUUCUGGAUAGAGAAUCUAUGGGAGAAGAUCUGUUUUGGGCAAUUAGAGGAGGUGGAGGAGCAAGUUUCGGUAUUGUAGUAGCUUGGAAGGUCAAUCUUGUGGAUGUUCCUGAAAAAGUUUCGGUUUUUAGUCUUUCCAAGACUUUAGAUCAAGGAGCUUCGGAUCUGUUCAAUAAGUGGCAGUAUAAAGGGCACAAAUUAAGUGAAGAUUUGUUCAUUAGAUUCUUUGUUCCAAAAGUUUCGGAUAUCGAAUCUGGAUCCGAAGUGGUGGCCAUGACAAUGCAG